GAGAGGGAGGGGGAGAGCGCGUCGUCCCUCGGUGGGCGGGGCCACCGGUGGAGCUACAAAUACAGAGCAGCCGCCCGGCAACAGGAUUAUCUGAGACCGCUGGAUUAACGAUUGAAAAAGAAAAGCACAGAAAAACACGGACGGGCGGACUGUAAGAUCUGACCAUGAGUAAGGAUACGGAGAUCGACAUGAAGGAUGUGGAGCUCAAUGAGCUGGACCCUGAGAAGCAGCCCAUGACAGCCGAUGGCCAGGCUGCAGGGGGGGAGAAAAAUGGCAGCGUCAAGCAGAAGGUCCCAGAGGACGAGGUCACAUUCACCGGCCUGUCCAAAGAGGAGCUGAUGAAGGUGGCUGGCACUCCAGGAUGGGUGCGAACUCGCUGGGCGCUUCUGGUCCUGUUUUGGCUGGGCUGGUUGGGCAUGCUGGCGGGAGCCAUUGCCAUCAUAGUCCAGGCCCCCCGCUGCAAACCCAUCCCCGAGAUGAACUGGUGGAACGAGGGACCUCUGUACCAGAUCUCUGAUGUUGAAGCUUUCUCUGACGGAAUUGCAGGUGUUGAGGCCAAGCUAGACGAAAUCAACAAGUUGAAGGUGAAAGGCCUGAUUCUCGGCCCACUGCACACCAUCCAGGCAGAUCAGCCGGCAACCCUGAAUCUUAAGGAGAUCAACCCGACCUACGGCGAUCAGAACGCCCUGAGGGCUGUGCUGGCAAAGGCCCACAAGAAGGGUAUUUCUGUGGUGCUUGACCUGACUCCAAACUAUCUGGGAGCUUCUCCCUGGUUCGACAAUGAGAACGUCGCUGAUGUGAUGGAGAAAGUCAUGAGUGCAGCGGAGUAUUGGCUGACUUUAGAAGUUGAUGGCAUCAAGGUAUCUGACCUCUUGGUUCCCGCCACCUCCGUUGAUUGGUCGAAGCUACAGUCCACUCUCCAUGUGAACGGCACUGAAAACCCCAAGAAGAGGUUGCUGAUGGGUGCGGUUACAGACAUGUCUGCUGAGGCUGUGUCUCAGCUCGUCAACCGCUCUGGGGUGGAUCUGGUUCUCUCUAAUCUACUUGCCAGCAAAAAACAAGGUGUGGAGCGCAUCAUGGCCAUGGACACCCUUCACGCCCAGCAGAUGAGCCUCGGCUGGGGUCUGGGCGCCGCCCAGCGAGAACAGCUGUCCAAACAGGCCAAGAGUGCGGCCCUGAUCCGCCUCUACCAGCUGCUGCUGUUCACCAUGCCGGGAACGCCCGUGUUUACCUACGGAGAUGAGAUCGGCCUUCAAGCAGUCGGCGACGCGCCUCCAAAGAUGAUUUGGGACGUAGAGAAGGAACCAGCUGAAGGAGCCGUUGUCAACGAGACAGCUGAGGCUGCGCAGACAGAGCGCGUCGCCAUGAGGAAGUGGUUUAGAUCCCUCAGCGACCUGCGAGGAAAAGAGCGAUCACUCCUCCACGGAGACUACUACCCUCUCUCCUCGUCCAGCUCGUCCCUCGCGUUCCUCCGGGUGUGGGACCAGAGCGAGAGAUACAUAACGGCUGUGAACUUCGGAUCAUUGCCAGAGACUCUCACACUCAAACUGGCGCCCACGGAAGGACUGGAGCUGCCAGAGACGGGCACAGUGAAGCUGUCCACUGAUGCCGAGCUGGAGGUGGACUCCACAAUCAGCCUGGACAAAAUCACCCUGAAGGCCGGACAAGCGGUCCUACUGCAGUUCCCCUAUACAGGCUAAAGAUGGCGACAAAGUAUCAAGGAAGCCACUUGCAGAUUAGACUUGUUUAAGAAAAAGGUCCGAAUCCAUAGGAAUGAAUUGGUUUAUAUCCAAAAGAUAAAACCCUUUUUAAUACGAUGUAACUCAAUUGGAUCAAAUCUGCCAGACAAAUACAGAGUGUUGUACAAGCUCCGUUCAUUUUGUUUUCAAAUGUUUUUUUUUUUUUUUUAAUGUACUAGAAGAAGAUGCAGCCAACUCAGACACACACUCCUGUUCUUCUGUGAUCUUUUGUCAACUAUCUGUGUGUUGUCCAAAUAUGUGAAAGACAUUCCUUUUUUAAACUUUUGGGCAUUUCCUUAGCUGUUCUUUUGACUUUUAUUAUAACUUAAGAUUAUAUUUGAGUGAGUCUUACUGUACUUCUCAUUAAGACAUUUUGUUCUAGUUCAAAUUACCUCUGAACAUGUGUUCUGACUUGGUUGGAAGUCUUCUGGAGAACUGAAUUGGAAUAAACGGAAAGUUCUGUACCGA